CCAUGGAGACCGAGCGACCAGUGAGCAUCUUGCCGUCGAUCAAAUGCUCCGACUGUGGUGCAGAGAUCCAGAUCUCUGCUAUGGGAGAGCACGUGUGCACAUCACAGCAGAAGGAGGAUGAACCGUCGCAGAAGCCCAAGUCACCAGUCGCAUCGCCGGUCACAUCGCCCUCGAUAGAGAAGCAAGCGACUCCCUUACCGCCCAUGAACCAGAGCUUAAGCAGGCCCNCCUCGAGACCAAACAGAAAUCCCCUCCCUCGCAUUGAUCCUUCAGUUGCAAAACUGCUCUCGCCGGAAGGCUCCAGCGGCUCAGGACACCGUACUCCUCGAACACCACACACAGGCCGACCUGGCCGCUCUCCUGGAAUGCGCAGCGCUACCAGCCCCAGUCCGAGACUGCCACGAGAGCCGUCGCAAGAGCUGACCGGAAACAUGGACUGCGCUUUUCCACCCUUUCCCACGGCAAGAUCCAAGUCGGUAGCGAGAGUCAAGAGCCCGACACCUGAUGCAUACUACGCACCUCGAAGCCCCAUGGGCACUGGUGGUGCCAAUGUCGUACGUAAGCUGGAUACGAUCGCUCCGGGACCUUUCAAUACGCCGGCACGCAGCGCAUCGCGUUCGCCUUCUGCCAAUGCGAGUGCUCGUGCGCCUCCAGCCAUCACUAUAGACCAACCCCCGGUCGAGAGGGCAGCUUCGCCUAUCUUCAGAUCCGCUUCGCCUGUUAGCUAUGACAGACCUGCUUCUCCUCCAGCAAGAUCUGCUUCUCCUCCCCAAGUCCCUGCUUCGCCUACCUUGUCCACGGUUUCCACGGCUUCGACAUCUCCUGGUGGGACCAACCGUGAAGGCCGCCCUAUCCCGCAGCGGCCUGUCAGACCAGAGCCGCUGGAUGGCUUCCUUGCUAUGCUCAAGAGCGAAUCCGAGGCCGCCGGUCAACAGUUGUCCAACAUGACCAUCCGCUCAAACACAUUCCCGCUUCCUCCAUCCAAGCCAAAGUCUCCUGAACCUGGCGCUAUGUUCAGAAGUCCUUCUGCGCCGCCUAACAGGCAACGACGACCCACCAUCUCUGCCCCUUCGCAAAGCGCCCCUGGUGAAUCUAUUCCCACCAUCUCCACUACCGCCCCAGCAUUGCCACCGCUUCCCACCAUCUCGACCGCCGUGGCUCCGGCACUUCCCCCACUUCCUUCGGCAACCGAAGUGCAAAAGCAUGCCCACCCCAUCGUACACGCUCCUUCAGAUUCAGCAUCUUCAGCUUCAUCGACAAGAAGCUUCAAGUCAGAUAUCAGCCCUCCUGUCUCGGCCACAUCGAGCGUCUCAAUGCUCUCGUCUACUCUUGGCGACCUUACUGAUCCCUCUCUUGUUGUUGCCAGCCUGCAACUCAGGAGCAAGCAGACCAACCGCUUGAGCCCAGAAGACGCUUUCAAGCCUAGCUUUGUCGCUGCUGAGCAACAGCAGUCACCAGUGUCGAUCGACGAGAGGCUUGAUAGCCCGACUGAGAAGAUGGACCACUUCCCACUCAGCCCUCCUCGUGCAUCUGCCGACUUUCCAGAGUCACCUGUAGUUCCUGGAUUCCUCCCUAGGCGUCCCCAAAGUCCCAUAUCGACAACAUCUACACCCAUGACAUCGCCUCCUACCGAGCACGGCUUCUCUUCCAGACCGACAUCUUCGAAGCGACCUGGUACCUCGUCCAAGCACAUCUGCAGAGGCUGCAGUGAGCCUAUCCAAGGCAAGUCCGUCAAGGCUGCGGAUGGUCGUCUGACCGGUCGCUACCACAAGCACUGCUUCGUCUGCAAGACUUGCAAAUCAGCCUUUGCGACCGCCGACUUCUAUGUCAUUGACAACAACCCGUACUGCGAGCACCAUUACCAUGAGCUCAACAACUCUCUAUGUGCCCAUUGCGACCGUGGUAUUGAGGGACCUUACCUUGAGACCCAGCAAGCACAGAAAUUCCACCCUAGCUGUUUCACCUGCAUUGACUGCCACAAGCCACUCAGUGACGACUACUUUGAGAUUGCUGGCAAGGUCUAUUGCGAGCAGCACGCCUUCGCGUCCGCUCACCGUCAAGAAGGACUUGGGCCAAAGAGGAAUAUGGAGAGAAGAACAACUCGCUUCAUGGUCAUG